AUGGAUCCCCGUACCAGUGGUCAGCCCCAUCCGGCUGCCCUGACGGUGGCAACCGGUGUAGCUCUCACAUCCCUCGUUCAGUACCUGGCUUCUAGAGCUACAGAGCUACAAAGCAAGCCCUCGACAUAUGUGCCACAGUUAGGCAAUGUGGCCGCUACCAGAAAGCCGACUGGGUCACUACGGCUUUGGUGCCCAGCGGUCUGUGUUGCUGCCCUCAGUUUCUGUAAAGCAGAGUUCGGUGCGGUUGUCUGUUUGUUUCCACUUGCAACACCGUUGCUGCUCAAGGCUCAAGAACAUUUCCAACUACGAACUGGAGCUUCAAGGUAUGGGACUGCCAAGGAAGGGGCCCUGCCUCACUCGAUCCUCAAUACGUUCUGGGGAUCACUUUUGGCAGCUGCAGUGGCCGUGUACAGCUUAGCAGCAUGGGACGUCAAGGCAGCUGCCAUGGCGGUGGUACCGUUUGCGGUUCUCGUCGGCCUUUUUUUCUCAUUGAUGUCCCAGAUGGGAGAGCAAGGUCGCUUGAAAACUUUCCAUCUUGAAUUGGAAGAUAUUAUUAAACCUCUCUCCUUGCGGAUCGUAGGUUUCUUGAUCGUCCUGCAGUUUGUCGACAGCUGGGUGUUUGGUUUCCCCAGCAUAGAUGGUGUGUGGACUGUCUUCCUGGGAGUAGCAAAGGCCUUUUCGUGGUAUUUCGCUAUUCAGAGUACAAGGUAUACGCCGGAGUCAUGGCGAAUCGUCACGGUGAUUGCCACCUUUGGCUUGGUGGCAGCUCGCGACCCAUACACGCAGCCUUCAAACAUUCAAGCCCUUGCGAACGUUGUUGCUUCGCUUGUUGCACUGGCUCAGAGCAUCAGCAUGCUGCCGAAGCACACAGAACAGCGAGCCCUGCUCUGGAGCUUUGCGUUCGUUCCCCUCUUCCCUUACCUGGCCAAUUUGGUUGCCAUCAGAGCUGUAGAGUCUGCAGCACAGCAGCUUACUUUUCAACACCCCGGCCAACAUCCGGUAGCGCAGCUAAUGGAGAAGGCAAAAGCAGACUUCGACGGCAUGCUGUCCAGACAGUCAAAGACGUACGAAGCCGCUGUCGAGGAGUACAAGCGUCGAUACAAGGUUGAACCACCACCGGGGUUCCGGGGCUGGUACGACUUUGCUGUGAAGAGCCAGUCUCCAAUCAUCGAUGACUUUGAUACCAUUUACCACUCCGUGUCGCCUUUCUGGAAACUGAGCGGCCAAGAGGUAGUGAACCUCAUACACGAGGCUUAUUACACGCGGUACAGCGAGUUAUGGCAGUGUACCUUUCACGGCGCGACCGCAAAGACUGAGUGUCGGCAUCCAUACCGCAACUUCGACAGACAUCUUACCCUUUUGUUUGAUAAGGUGUUGGGUGAUCUGGCGGGGGUUCUUCCAGACAUCAAGUUCGUCGUCAAUCACCUUGACGAGCCACGGGUGGUGCUUCCGCGUACUUCACCCUCCGACGGCUGGCGCUUUUCUCUUCUGGAUAUGUCUCAUAAGCCAAUCUGGAAGGAACUGACUGCUCCCUGUUCCUCUUCUUCCUCCGAACCCAACGAUACCACCAACGGCAUUGACACCUUUGGUCUCCCCUUUGUCACAUCUACGGCUUCCGUCCUUGACAUCUGCGCCAAUCCUUCCUACGCCGACACCUACGGCCUCUUCACCUCCUCCGUCUCCAUGCGCUUGUUAGUCGGACUGGUCCCCGUCCUCUCCACCGGUGCGCCAUCCACCAUGUCCGACAUUCUCUACCCCUCCGCCGCCUACAUCGAGUCCGGCUUCAUCUAUGAUCCCACCCGCGACAUCCCCUGGGAGCAAAAAUCCAACAACCUCUACUGGGCCGGCUCCACAACCGGCGGGUACUCUUCCGACUUCUCCUCCUCCUCCGCUGAUUCACAAUGGAAGUCCUUCCACCGCCAACGCUUCGUCGCCCUCGCCCAAAACCUCAAUCGCCAACGACAUACCUACCUCCGCUCCCUCAACGGCGCCAUCACCCGCGUCACUUCCCCUUUUCUCAACAGCCGCCUUUUCUCCGUCUUCUUCACCCGCUUCCAAUUCUGCUCGCCUGCUACCUGUCGCGCCCAACGCUCCUUCUUCCGCACCAAGUCCUACGCCGACAAAGACGAGGCCCUUUCGUCUCGCUUGGUCUUUGAUCUCGACGGCAACGGCAUUUCGGGUCGGUAUUACAAGCUUUUGGCGUCCAAUAGUGCUGUUCUCAAGCAGACUUUGCUGAGGGAGUGGCAUGAUGAUCGGCUGGUGCCGUGGGUGCAUUAUUUCCCGAUUCAACCGCUCGACUCUGCUUUCGACAACGGUUCUUCCUUCCCACUGGGAAAUGUGAUCUUGAUCCCCGGUCAUCGACUCACGAUCCCCUCACAACACUACCACCACCCGGAACCACACAUCCCCGACCCAUACUCCUCACCUCGUCGCUCUUCCAGCAAUCCCCUCAUCCUUGACACCUACCUGUUCGAUCGCCCGAAGCAGCACAAAUGGAAGCGAUCCCUUCGCAAGAAGUUCGCUUGGCUCAAGACCAAGAGCAACUCGAAACUUCAUAUCCGCAAUCUAGAUACCAUCAUCCCCAAACCCGAAGGCUAUCCCAUUCCCACCAUUCGCGCUACCAGGAAAUUCCCGAUUGAUGACUUUUCCGAUUCCGAAGAAGAAGAUCUCGCUGCUGAGUCGUCAUCGUCGUCGUUGCUUGACGAAUCAAGUAGCAGCGUAGUGUACGACGUACCUCCCUCAUGUCAGACUCAGGACUCUUCGUAUUCGACUUCGACUUCGACUUUGGCGUCGGCGUCCCAGACAGAGACAGAGACAUCACCAGAGACAGAUCAUGGCAACGUGCCCGAACGGCCCGAACCUGAGGUUUUGAACACCAGCGGUCGGUUUAGCUCUUUUAGGAGAAGUACCUGCACGGCUUCGACAAGGGACAGUUAUGUUACUGCUGCUAGUUACCUGGACUCGGACUCAGUCGGAGAUAAACACGAAGACGAAGAUGAAGACAAGGACGAAGACGAUCCCGGACCCGGACCCGGACUCGAUAGCGACGAAAGCAUUCGGUCAGAUACAUCCGCUACGUCCUAUUUUGAGUCACAGGACUCGCAGUCGGAUACAAGUACCAGUACGACUUCGGCGUCAUCGAUAAGUUGUUAG